UCAAAAACUAUCCAUUCCGGAAAAAGUUUUCUCAAUUCACUAUGUAUAUAUCUAUACCCAAUGCCAGGGCUCUCACCCUCGCAAUUCUCUCAACUCUUACUAUCUUAAGAGUCCUUUGAGAGACAGAGAGUGCGAAGAGCGUGAUUUGGUAUUGGAGAAACAAAGAUGGACUCAUCAAAGAAGAUCAAGCUGAUCAGUUCCGACGGAGAGUUGUUUGAGGUGGACGAGACGGUGGCGAUGGAGGCCCGGACAAUCAAGCAUAUGAUUGAGGACGGUGUCUCCGAAGGAGGAAUCCCUAUUCCUAACGUCACAAGCAAUGUUCUGGCCAAGGUUAUCGAAUACUGCAAGACCCACGUCGAGUCCAAGUCCGCUGAUGGUCCUGGUAGCCUCUCCGAUGGUGAACUUAAGGCCUGGGACAAAGAGUUCAUGAAAGUCGACCAUUGCACAAUCUUCCAUCUCAUACUGGCUGCAAAUUUUCUGGAGAUAAAGGGGCUGCUGGAACUUUCUUGCCAGACAGUGGCUAAUAUGAUCAAGGGAAAGACUCCAGAGGAGAUCAGGAAGAAUUUCAACAUCAAGAAUGAUUUUACGGAGGAAGAGGAGGCGGAGAUUCGCAGGGAGAACCAAUGGGCAUUCGAAUGAAAUUCUUGAUAGUUAAUAGUGAUGAAGUUCUUACCUCCCACAAUUUACUUCCUAAUCUUCUGUAGCUGGGUUUUUUUUUUUUUUGAUUAGGAAUCAGUUCAACUUAGUAAAGAUUUCUUCUUUAGUUGAAAUUCCCAUCAU